GCGGGACUUGCUGCCGCUCGUAGACACGUGUACAGGGAAGGAGGAAGUAAAUACGGUGGACUUUUCUCAGUUGGUGCCUGUGUUUUCAGCUGGGCACCAUGCUUCCUGACCACAGUCCCGUGGUUCAGGCCCUGCUGGGAACUCUGUUCACCUGGGGACUGACUGCUGCAGGGGCUGCUCUGGUCUUUGUUUUCUCCAGCAGACAGAAGCGCAUCCUGGAUGGAAGUCUGGGCUUUGCAGCAGGGGUGAUGUUGGCAGCCUCGUACUGGUCCCUGUUGGCCCCUGCAAUCGAGAUGGCUGAGGAAUCUGGGAAAUACGGGGCUUUUGCCUUCUUCCCGGUUGCUGUGGGUUUUGCACUGGGAGCAGCGUUUGUUUACUUUGCCGACCUGAUGAUGCCGUACCUGGGUGUUGGUGCAGACCCACAUACGUCGCUUGCCCUCCCCGCCGAUGCCAAACCGCUGAAAGAGAAGAUGGAAGAUCCUGUAGCUCCGCCCACAGAAGCAGAGGAGAUGUCCAUCAGGAUAGGUAGAGCUGGAAUUCACUCAGAUAAAGCAGAGAAUGGAGAAGCGUACCAGAGAAGAAAGGGCGCCCCCUCUGGCCAUUCAGAAGAACAGGAAGUCGGUACCAGACCGCCAGAAGUCAGCGCAGCAUCGGGAAGCAGCUGGAGACGCAUCGUAUUGCUGAUUCUUGCCAUCACCAUCCAUAAUAUCCCCGAGGGUCUGGCAGUGGGGGUGGGAUUCGGAGCUGCAGGGAAGACGUCCUCAGCCACGUUUGAGAGCGCCAGGAAUUUGGCUAUAGGCAUUGGCAUCCAGAACUUCCCAGAAGGCCUUGCGGUGAGUUUGCCGUUGCGAGGCUCUGGAGUGUCCACAUGGCGAUCCUUCUGGUAUGGGCAGCUCAGCGGGAUGGUGGAGCCGCUGGCGGGGUUGCUAGGCGCCGUUGCCGUGGUGCUGGCCGAGCCGUUGCUACCCUAUGCUUUGGCCUUUGCAGCAGGGGCCAUGGUAUAUGUAGUGGUUGACGACAUCAUACCUGAAGCCCAAGUCAGUGGAAACGGGAAGCUGGCAUCCUGGACCUCCAUCAUGGGUUUCAUUGUGAUGAUGUCACUGGACGUUGGCCUGGGGUGAAGCUGUCCGUCCGCUGGAGCUCUGAAUGACCUCUGUGAAUGUCCUGUGCACUGGCAGCUCUGUAAACGGGACCAAAAUAACUGUACUUUCAGAAAUCAGGGUGAUGAAGUGGAGAAGACUGUUUUUUUUACUGAUAUUUUUAUUUAGAAAUUAUUAAUAGUUUUUUUUUUCAAGCAAGAAAAUGAGUGAUUAGUUAUUAAAGAAUGACCAAAUACUUGAAGUUAACACUUUAUAAUGAGGAUAAUCAGUGUGUGAGUGAGUGUGUGUGUGUGUUAUUGACAGUUCAGAGUUUACAUAAUAUCCCUCAGAUUUGUUAUAAAGACAGUAACUCCCAUUCUAUUUGAACUGGAUAAAGUACCAUGUACUUCAAUGCCCCGUCCCACAUUUUUGUGUAUUUUUAAAACCUUUUUUUCCUUCUUAAGGCCCUUUCACACCGAUUAUAUAUUUUUCAUGCGUAAAAAAAAUUGAUAAAAACCUUCUGAUUGAUUGGGACACAUUUUUUUUUUUAAAUGGAGCUAAUAAAGGUCCAUUCUUUCGGUUUCUUUGUUCAUUGGACUUUCUGCUCUCUUUCAUUUCCUCCACUUAACCCUUGUGUGGUGUUCGGGUCUGUGGGACCCGUUUUCAUUUUUCAUCAAAUGAUACAAAAAAAAUAUUUUU